AGAAGCUGGUUGCCAACCGUCAUUAAAUAAAAGAAGAAAAGCGUCAACAUCCGAGUCAAAUUAGCAAAAACUUCUGACCUCAAAACAUCAUUUGACUCUUUUUGCAACCAGAAGACGCCAACAUGGGGAAGCGGCAGCAUCAAAAGGACAAAAUGUAUAUUACGUGUACUGAGUACACUAACUUCUAUGGAGGCAAGCGGGCGGAAAUCCCGCAGGCCAAUUUCAGACGCCUUCCGUUCGACCACUGCAGCUUGUCCCUUCAGCCGUUUUCUUAUCCCAUGUGCACUGCGGACGGUGUCGUUUUUGACCUGCUGAGCAUUAUUCCUUGGAUCAAGAAGUACGGGACGAAUCCCAUAUCUGGAGAGAAACUGGAGGCCAAGUCACUGGUCAAGCUCAACUUUUCCAAGAACAACGAAGGCAAAUAUCACUGUCCUGUUCUGUACUCGGUCUUCACAAAUAAUUCUCACAUCGUCGCCAACAAGGUCACCGGCAAUGUCUACUCCAAUGAGGCAGUGGAGCAGCUCAACAUUAAGACAAAAAAUUUCAAAGAUCUGCUGACUGAUGAAGAAUUUACCAGAAAAGACAUCAUCACGCUUCAGGAUCCGAGCAACCUGGACAAGUUCAACGUGGCCAACUUUUUCCAUGUGAAAAACGACCUCAAAGUGCCGGAUCCCGAUGAGGAGAAGGCCAAGCGCGACCCCUCGUACCACCUAAAGACCACCAACCUGGAGACCCGGGAGACCCUGGCCGAGCUGUAUAAAGACUACAAGGGGGACCAGCUGCUGGCCGCCACCAUGAAGGAACCUGAGUCCAAGAAGACGGACAAGCUCAACAUGGCUCACUACUCGACGGGUCGAGUGGCCGCCUCCUUCACAUCAACGGCCAUGACGCCGGCCACCACCAACCAAGCAGACGCCAUCGCAGACGACACGGUGCGCUACAGCUACAUCAAGAAGAAAGGUUACGUGCGCCUGAACACCAAUAAAGGAGACCUCAACGUGGAGUUGCACUGUGACAAGAUUCCCAAAGCGUGUGAGAACUUCAUUGGGCUGUGCAAGAGAGGCUACUACGACGGCACUGUCUUCCACCGGUCCAUUCGCAAUUUUAUGAUUCAAGGAGGCGACCCGACCGGCACGGGCACAGGUGGAGAGUCCUUCUGGGGGAAAGCUUUCAAGGACGAGUUCCGACCCAACUUGUCCCACACGGGCCGGGGUGUUCUUAGCAUGGCUAACUCUGGUCCAAACACCAACAAGUCCCAGUUCUUCAUCACAUUCCGCUCCUGCUCCUACCUGGACAGGAAACACACAGUGUUUGGAAGGGUUGUCGGUGGGUUCGAAACGUUGACAGCCAUGGAGAGUGUGGAGAGUGACCCCAAAACAGACAAACCAAAGUCUGAGAUCAAGAUCAUAAGCGCGACCGUGUUUGUGGAUCCGUACGAAGAGGCCGACGCUGAGAUUGCCGUCGAGCGGGAGAAGGAGCAACAGCAGCAGCAGGAGAAAGAGCAGCAGCUGUCCAGCGCCACCUUGAGGAUAACCAAUGAAGCACUGGCGCCCAAGGCCUUCAAGCAAGGCGUGGGCAAAUACAUUAACCCCACCGCAGCAGUGAAACGUCCGACUACAGAAGAAGAAAGCGGUCCUUCGACAAGUAGCGUCGCUGCUGCCAAGAAACCAAAAGGAAAGAGCACUUUUGGGGACUUCAGCUCCUGGUAGCAGCAGUCUGUCACCCAAGUAACCUCAAUUUGAUUUUUUGGUUUUGUAACUUUUAUUUUUGUCGUAGCGUUUGUCACCCAAGCAACCUCAAUUUGAUAAAAAAAAAAAAAAAAAUCUCACUGUUUUAGCAGAUUUUGUAUUUUUUUUUUUUUCACAAACAAGAAAUACUAUUUUUUUCCGCUGGCCCUGGGUGCUUUUGUACAUCCCUAAAAAUGUAAUGUCAAAUCAUGUGAUAAAGGCUUCCUGCACCACUUUCAA